UUCUCCACCCCCAUUUUUUACUAAACAACAUGAAUCCCUUCCGGCCAGGUUCCUCCCACAACAUACAACCCACAACACCCAAGAGAAAAUCGUCUCCACCAAAAUCUCACAAAAAGGCCGGCACUUCCUCCAAAAACACUAUUGCAUCACCAAAGAAGAAGAAAUUGGAAGUGGAAGGCAAGACUCUCAAGUUGCUGGGAAAUUUGGAGACACUGAAACAUCCUCUCUCACUUCCUGGUUACUUAAAUCCAGUUGGUGCCGUUGAUAAGGAGAAAAAGAAGGUGAGAACAAAGAGGACUGAUGCAAGGGAUGAUGAUGAUUUUUUCCCUGUGGUGUGGACUUAUAUCCCCAUCUCAGAAGAUGAUGACAUCGUCCCACCACAUGAUGAUGAUAAUAGUGCCGGAAAGGGGAUUCACCACCGAUUCGGACCUCUUAGAAAAGAAUUAGCCUGCAGCUAUGUACACCUAACUGCACGUGUAGGAACAACAAGAUCAGGACAAAGACCCACCAGUAGCCAUUACCCGUACACUGAUUGGACGUUGUGAUGACAAGGAAAAGAGGAAAUUUGAGUCUCACUUGCAUGUAGCUGGAUAUGUUGCCUAUCUUCUGGGA